UCUGCGCACGGACAUCGAUCGAGACUCACGUUCUGUAUUUACCGCAUCCGUCCUGUUCUCGCAUUCGCACACACUAUUCUGUUUCCUUCCCUCCUUUCUUCCUUCCUUCCUGCCACCAUCUCCUGCCACCUUCCUCUUAUAACUCCUUUAAACUUCCUUCCUACUCGAGAUAUUAUCAUCGGAUCGCAAUGUAAUAUACACACGCGUGUCAGAUUCGAAUUAUUCGAUCAUCGAUCAUUUAUUUUUCUUUAAUUUUUAUUUUUUUUUCUUCUUUUUUUCGGAGUAUUUUCUAUCUUCUAGUGUUUUUCUAGUGCGGAAACAUUGUAAUAUUCAAUUAUCAUCUUGUGAAUUUUGUGCUUGAGACAGAAAGAGGAAGAAAGAAUAGGAGAGCGAGAGAAAAAGAGAGAGAGAGAGAGAGAGAGAGAGAGAGAGAGAGAGACAAAAGGAUCGAUAUACAAUUUUGUCCUAUGGUUUCUUCCUGUAAGUUAAAUCGAUCGAUGUAAUCAAUCAUAAGAGGAUUAUCCAAAGACGAUGAAUCUUCGUUGAUCCUGUUAUUUCCGAUUCUUGAAGAGCGAUGUUCAAACGAUUAUCGAAAUCAAGGCGUCACAGUGCCGAUGACGUCGGUCUUAGUUUCGGACCAAAGAAUCCUAAUUUAGAAGAAUCGCAGACACAAGCGGGCGUCAGUUCGAUUCCAGUUACUCGUGACAAUUCGGAAGGAUUGAUUCCUGCUGCUUUACUUAGGAUUUCCAGGACGAAAUAUAGUAGAAGAAGUUGCGGCGAUGCUACAGCAAUGCAAGCGUUACUUGCUUCCAAACAAGACGAAGAACAGGAGGUCAGUGAGGUUGAUUACCCUACUGACUAUCAGACAGAUUAUCAAAUGGUCACUGCUGUACCAGCGUUCAUCGUCGAACAUGAACCCGAAAAACAACGAGGGUCAAGUUUAGGAGUCUGGGGCCGGAGGAUGAGCAAAAAGAUAGAUUCCUUUCGUAGGGCUGGUUCCCGUGAAACUAUUUGUUCUUUAGAAAGAUCCGAUGCAAAUAGUAACAACAACAACAACAACGAAUCCAGUAACAACAAUAACAACAAUGCUAGUUUAAAUCCUGCAGGGAAUAAGACAACGUUAUCACAAAAAACAGAUCCAAAGUUGGAUCCAAAAAGGUUGGCAGGAAAUUCUCAAAGAUCACCGUCGCCAUUUAAAUCAUUUUUUAUUCGAAUGGGUUCGACCGGGAUGUUAAAUUCAACGAGAAUGAACAGACGUUCGCAAAACGUCGAAAUUGGAUCUAAAACAUCGGAGAAAGAAAAUCUUUUUAGAAGUUGUAGUACGAGUCAAUUGAAUACUAGUCCGACUUACGUGAAAGGAGAUGAUCCAUCUGAAGGAAUCGAUUUAAGAAUUUCAGCACGAAAGGAUAAAACGGUGUCCUGCGAUGAUUUAGCUGGUCGACGAAACGACGACGUUUUCGACGAUCCAAUUGACAACGUAUCACCGUCCAUUUGUCAAUCAGGAAGUCUUUCUACUAGUCCAACUGGCAGCUUAUCGGCUAGUCCAUCCGGAAGCCCGUCAACUAGAAACUUCAAACCUUGCGAUUUUGGCCGAUCUAGAAUGGAAUCGGCAAUGAGAAAAAGUAGUAGUUGCGAUUUCAAAGAAGCUAAGAAAUCAAAUUUUCCUUAUGCAUUUUUAAGAUCGAAGUUAUCCGUGUUACCGGAGGAACGUCAUGGAUCGUUUGUAUCAAAAGACGAGAGAUUGUUCAAAACAGCAUCGGAGGAACAUUUUCCGGCGUUGAAAAUCGAAGAUUCUUAUGUCGGUACGACAACGUUGGGACGUAAGCGAUCUAGAAAUAGUAAUUUGAGUCGUUGUAACGUUCCUAGAUAUCAGGAAAACGUUAAAACUGGCAGAAAUUCUUACGUUGAGUUUAGAAAAAAAUCUGAAAGGUAUAGUCUGAAUCCAAGCGAGCUCGAGCGUAUCGAGGACACGUUUCAUUCGGAAGAUUCAGCGCGUUACAAUGCGUAUGAUAAUGUUAAUCUAACGUCACUAGUACGACGAAAUCCAUCUGUUUAUCAACAAACUGAGAUCAAUCAUGAUAGAUUGGACGUCAAGACAGUGGAAUCUAGAUUUUCGGAAACAUCUUCGUUGAACGUAGAGCUCGAUGUUAAAGCUACUUUGAGAAACGAUCGUAGAAAUUCUGCACCGAGUGGUGAACAAAGGUUAUCCUCUCAUUACGUAAGUUCGAACGAAUCUGGUUACGACAGCGACGGUCCUAGGGGUGAAUCGGCAGCUGCAUCGGAAAACGAAGCUUUGAGUUUGAAGUGCACAGAUAGUUCGGAUACCAGUAGCGUCAUUGAUUCCGAAUUGGAGAAACCAAUGAGAAGUUCAACACCUAGCGAGUGUCAGGAUCAAGAAGAAAAAGAAUUAAGGAAGGGUACGAACAAUGAGACGAGGAUUGAUUCGUCAGAAAUUGGGGACGUUAUUGACGGUUUGAGAUGGCAUCAGAGUACCUCAGGAAGAUUGUUACCGAGUAUUCAUCAAACUUCGUUCGACGAUGCCAAUUCACAUUUUCCUAUUUGUACGGAUAAUUCAAGUGGACUGGGUAAUACCAACGUAACGAAAUCGAUCGAUGUGUCACCACAUCGGAUAAGAUUGCAACAAGAUAAGACCCGUUUCCUCAGCGAUAUCAUACAACCACCAAAGAGGAUUAGACGUUGUCGUAUAGUUCAACUUCAUAAGAGAGAUCCUAAAGAGAGUUUAGGCAUAAGAUUGGCACAGCAACGACUAGGAGAGAUCCGUUAUAUCGUCGUGCAGUUAGAAAGCGAUGGAAUAGCUCAUAGGGACGGUAGGCUAAGACUCGGCGACGAGAUAGUCGAAGUAGAAGGAAAAGAAUUACGAACUCUAGAGAGUCUCGAAGAGGUCCAAGAGUUUCUUAGAUCGUUUACAGGAAAUAAGAUAAGAUUGAUGACAUCUUACGAGGAAACGGUGCCUCAGGUUUACGUCGCGCCACCAACACCAACCUCAUCUUCCUCUUCUUCGUCAAAUGCUCUACCUGGGGAAUACGAGUAUUUAGAAAAUGCGAAAAAUCUUUCUAACAUGUCGUUGAUCGACGACAAAUCGAAGGAAAAUUUAACAAAGGAUAGUAAGGUCAAUGAUGACGUUACACGAUCCAGCGGAAAACGACCUGACUUUUUACCGCUCUCCUGCCUGUCGAAGAAUCAUCGAAAGGACUCGGAGAAUGGUUUCGAGGCUAACACCGAAUCCCAACACUAUCUGACGAAACAUGUAGCCAAGUUUGAAAAAGGUUAUGGAAAGCCCAGUUUAGGAUUUAGCGUUGUCGGUGGGAGAGACAGUCCGAGGGGUGAAAUGGGCAUUUUCGUCAGACGUGUCUUUCCAGGUGGACAAGCCGACGUAUCCAAGUCGUUGUUUCAAGGCGACGAAAUCGUCAGUUUGAAUGGGAAGAUUUUGAAAGGACACACGCAUCAGGAAGUCAUCGAAUUGUUUAAAGCGGUUAGGGAAGGUCCGGUCGAGUUAGAAAUUACAAGACGACACAGGUAUCCUAAAAGCACCUUAAAAUCAACCCCGUACUAGAAACAAAUAAACAAAAAAAAA